AGAAGAAGACUGUGUAUAUGUAGCAGUGGGCAAGAGCGAAACAAGCAUGGAUGCUUUGUCUUGGACACUCAAGAACUUGGUUACACACUCUACUAUAAUUUAUCUCAUACACGUGUUCCCUGAGAUCAAGCACAUUCCAAAUCCAUUGGGAAUAGGAAUGAUUCCAAGGAAUCAAGUGAGUGCUGAGCAGGUGGAGAGUUAUAUUGCCCAAGAAAGAGGCAAGAGGAGAGAGCUCUUACAGAAAUUCCUCCAAUCAUGUUCUACUUCCAAGGUAAAGGUAGACACCAUCUUGAUUGAGAGUGACUUGGUUUCAAAGGCUAUCCUCGAUCUGAUCCCCGUUCUUCAAAUAAGAAAUUUAGUGAUUGGCGCCAACAAAUUCCAUCUAAGAAAAUCAAAAUCAAGAAAAGGGAAUGGCGUAGCCAAUCAGAUACUGCAGAAUGCACCACAAAGUUGCAAGGUGAAAAUUAUAUGUGAAGGGAAGGAAGUAAAUGAGCAGAUGAUGUCACCCCCUCCACAGGCGGCUACCACUGCUAAUGACACUUCCAUAACCAUAAAAGGUGGUCAUCAACAAGAUUCGAUUUCAUGUAUUUGCUUCAAACCCAAGUUUAAAUGA